AGGCCGUACGCCUCGUCGCAAUUGGAACUCCAGCCGAUGUGAGUGCAGAAGCUGCAGGAAGGGUGAAGUCUCCAUCAGGACAGUUCAGGACGCCUUCAGACCAACAACACCCACUUCUGCAGCCAGGAGAUCCCCCCACAUGGACAUAGACAGCAUAGUGCAGAACAGUGCUCUUGUCAGAGCCAGAGAAGGUGGAGGGAGCAAAGGGCGCAGCUGGAAAUGGAGGGAGAUGCUUCGCUUUCCUCAUAUCAGCCAGUGCAUGGAGCUCGCCGGCAUGAUAGAACGAGACUACCACAGUCUGUGUGUGAAUCAGCCGAUUGGACGGAAGCUCUUCCAGAUCUUCUGCCGGAGUCAACACGACCUGCAGACCUUCAUGUCGCUCCUGGACGCUUUGGGUUCCUUCGAGACAAAAUCAGACGAAGAGAGGAGAGACUUUGGCCUCAGCAUCAUCCAGAGGUUCCUGGUGCAGCAGUCUAACCAGUGCAUUUCCCUGUUAUCAAAACAUGAAAAAAGCUGCAUGCGGAGCCUGGCCAUCAAUCCUCGUGGGAACGUCUUUCGCAAUUGCAUUAAGGAGCUCCACAACCACCUCAGUGGCGAACCUUUCCUCCAGUACCAGGACAGCAUGUUCUUCCAACGUUUUCUGCAGUGGAAGGCGCUGGAGAGGCAGCCCGUCACCAAGCACAACUUCAGGCAGUACCGGCUGCUGGGGAAAGGUGGCUUUGGAGAGGUGUGGGCGUGCCAGGUGAGAGCCACAGGAAUGAUGUACGCCUGCAAAAAGCUAGAGAAAACACACGUGAAGAAGAGGCAUGGAGAGGCCAUGGCUCUGAAUGAGAAGGAGCUGCUGGAGGAGCUGGACAGCCGAUUUGUGGUGAGUCUGGCGUACGCGUACGAAACCAAGCACGCCCUCUGCAUGGUUCUGACCAUGAUGAGUGGCGGCGACCUCCGGUUCCACAUCUAUAACAUGGGAGCACCCGGUUUGGACCGGGGCCGCGCGUGUUUCUACGCCGCAGAGGUUUGCUGCGGUUUAAUCCACCUCCACCAGAAGUCCAUCGUGUACAGGGACCUGAAGCCAGAAAACAUCCUUCUAGACGACAAUGGACACAUCCGCAUCUCUGACCUGGGCCUGGCCGUGAAACUGGAUGAUGGGGGUCUGGUGCGAGGACGGGUGGGCACGCUAGGCUACAUGGCCCCUGAGGUGAUCAGCAACGAGCGAUACGGCAAGAGCACAGACUGGUGGGGCCUCGGCUGUCUGAUCUAUGAAAUGACAGCAGGUAAGCCCCCGUUCAGGUCCAGAGGGGAGCAUCCUGGACAUCCAGAGAUGGAGAGACGGAUCCAGACACAACAGGAGGAGUACGGUGACAAAUUCAGCCCAGAGGCCAAAGAUGUCUGCUCCUUGCUGCUGGCCAAGGACCCAAAACAAAGGCUGGGCUGCCUCAGCUCCGGAGGGACGGAAGUCCGGUCUCAUGUGUUUUUUGAACAGAUCAACUUCCGGAUGCUGGAGGCGGGACUUGUGGAAGCUCCAUUUAAACCUGAUCCCAGACUGGUGUACUGCAGCGACGUACAAGACAUUGAAGAGUUUUCUGCAGUGAAGGGAGUCGUUCUGAACCAGACCGACAACGACUUCUACACCAAAUUCAACACAGGAAGGGUCCCCCUAAGCUGGCAGAACGAGCUCAUAGAGACGGGAUGCUUCGCAGAGCUGAAUGUUUUUGGUCCCGAAGGGUCUCGUACUCCAGAUCUGGACUGGUCCCAGCCUCCUGAACCCUCCAAACGAAGUCUCCUUCAAAGAAUUUUCCGCAGACAUCACACCUCGGAUUCAUUGGAAGAAAACAAACAGGGCCUGAUCUCCAGCGAGGGCUACAUGAAGUCAGGCCUGCUCAGUUCUACACUCUGAAGAUGAUCCCAGACUGAACCCUUGAAGGGAGCAGGAACCCUCCUCCUCCCUUUACCAGAACAACACACUUGUUGGGCUUUGCACUGAUCUCCCUUCCCUGGCGAGCCUGGCCGGUCUUACCCUUUAACCCCCAGAGCUCUCUCUGGAGACUCUGGUGAUACUCCCCUUUACAACUAUUUCCACCGGUGCAGAAGUACCGAGCCAAUCACAACAGGGUGGGUUUUUAUGCCCCGACUCAUCCAGGUGCAUCUAAGAGCCACUAAUCAGAGCAGAACAGUCCACCACCAGCGCUGCUGCUCCCUUGCAGACAGUGUGGAUGAGUCCGGUGCAGGUCUAUAACGGCGUCCAGAGGCAGUUUCUUCUAUGGCACCAGAUCCAGAGACACCAGACCAGUUGCAUGGAAGAGGGGGAGACUCGGGACGGCUGGUCGGGCCGCUCCCUGCAGCCGCGCACUAGUAGCAUUUGUUUCUGCACCAUUUAAAAAUGUAUCAGCAGCUUCUGAAAUAAAACUGUAGUUUUUAAUUAA